AUGGAGAACAAACUGGCCAAAUGGGGUUUCAAGAACCAGAAGGAGCCCAGCCCCACCAUUAGAGAUGUUCUUGAGAUUUUAAAGCGAAAUCUCAAAAAUGAGCAGAGGCCGAUAAUCCAUCUCGGCCAUGGCGACCCAUCUCCCUACCCGAGCUUCCGAACAACCCCAGUUGUCGAAAAUGCCCUUUGCGCCGCCGUUAAGUCCUCUCUCUUCAACGGCUACGCCCCUUCGGCCGGUAUCCCCGUAGCAAGAAGGGCUGUUGCGGAGCACCUAAGCAAGGAUCUUCCGUAUAGCCUUUCGGAAGACGACAUAUUUCUAACUGCAGGCGCCAAUCAUGCAAUCGAGGUCUUACUCACUGUCCUCGCUCGGCCGGGGGCCAACAUAUUACUUCCAAAACCGGGAUACCCAUUUUACGAAGCUAAUGCUGGAUUUAGCAAUCUCGAGGUUCGACAUUUUGACCUCCUUCCCGAUAAAGGUUGGGAGAUCGAUCUGGAAGGCGUGGAAAAAUUGGCAGAUGAUAACACCAUUGCCAUGGUCAUCAUCAACCCUGGGAACCCAUGUGGGAAUGUUUUCACAAUCGAGCAUAUGCAGAAGAUAGCAGAGACUGCUGAAAGGAUAGGUGUUGUUCUGAUUGCGGAUGAAAUUUAUAAUCAUCUCGUUUAUGGGUGUAACCAAUUUGUAUCUAUGGGAUCUAUUGCCCCUGUUCUUACUCUGGGAUCGAUUUCUAAGAGAUGGCUUGUGCCUGGUUUGAGACUUGGCUGGAUUGCUGUUACCGAUCCAAAUGGGGUCCUCAAAAAAUCGGGGCUCGUGGAAUGCAUUCACAGCUAUCUUAACGUCGCUGCUGAUCCCGCAACUCCUAUACAGGGUGCUCUUCCUGAAAUCCUGGAGAAGACGAGUAAGGAUUUCUUCUUAAAAACCAAUCGUACGCUACGAGAAGUCGUGGAUGUUUGUUAUGACAAACUUAGUGAGAUUCCUGCACUGAAAUGUCUGCACAAACCUGAAGGAGCUAUGUCUACAAUGGUUAAGAUAAAUCUCUCGUUGUUGGAGGAUGUUGAAGAUGACAUGGAUUUUGCUUUGAAGCUUGCUAGUGAAGAAUCAGUUCUUGUUCUGCCAGGAUCUGUCGUGGGACUAAAAAAUUGGCUGCGCCUGAGUUUCGCGGUGGAGCUGACGAAUCUCCAAGAAGGACUCGAGAGAAUCGAAUACUUCUGUUCGAGGCAUUCAAAGAAGUAA